GUCCUUGACUGAACGUUCAUGAUUGUUAUGUCAUAGGGUUGUCAGAGAUCAUAGUGAAGGGUUGAGUUGGAAAUCUAAAAGGGUGGGUAUUUGCGACGUAAGGAAGGUUUGUUCGUAUGAUUUCGUGCAGUAGGAGCGUCGGCGGGCGAGUUUUAAAGCUGCAGAGGAAUAAUUUUCAUCAGAACGUUACCAAACUUCGUGAGGUAUCCAGUGGCAAAGUUACACCAGGGAAGAUGGCUUCUACAAACAAAUCUGUUGCAUUUUGCUGGUUAAGGAAUGAUCUUCGAUACCAUGAUAAUGAGGUUCUGACAAAGGCAAAUAUCAAUGCAGAUUAUGUGGUCCCAGUCUACUGCUUUGAUCCGAGGCAUUUCAAGGGCACCUAUCACUUUGAAUUUCCCAAGACAGGACCUCAUCGUGCAAAAUUCCUCAAGGAGAGUGUAGAGGACUUAAAGGCAACACUAAGGAACAGAGGAAGUGACCUGAUUGUGAGAUUAGGUAAACCAGAAGAGGUGCUACCAUUUCUGAUUAAAUCUGUUGCUGCUACUACAUCCCAUCUUGUAUUUCAAGAAGAGGUAACGAAAGAGGAGACAGAUGUUGAACGAAGUGUGCGCGACAGGUGCAAGGAUGCAGGUGUUAAUGUCCACUCCUUUUGGGGUGCCACUCUCUAUCACAAGACAGAUCUGCCAUUCCCCAUUAAUAAAGUCCCAGACACAUAUACCAACUUCCGUAAAGCAGUUGAAGCCCAGAGCCGAGUCCGUGGUGUGUGUAAUAUGCCCGACAAGUUGAAACCAUUGCCUGAGAAUCUCGAUGUGGGGGAAAUACCCACACUUUCUAAGCUAGGAGUAGAAGAAUUGCCCAUGGACAACAGAACUGCCUUCCCCUUUGCUGGAGGAGAGACAGCUGGUCUAGCAAGAGUCAAGAAUUACUUCUGGGACACCAACAAUGUGGCUAACUACAAGGAGACAAGAAAUGGUCUCCUGGGUGAAGCUUAUUCCACAAAAUUAAGUCCAUGGCUAGCACAUGGUUGCUUGUCUCCACGUUUCAUCUUUAACGAAAUCAAGAAAUAUGAGAGCCAGAGAGUUGCUAACAAGAGCACAUAUUGGGUGAUAUUUGAAAUGAUCUGGAGAGACUAUUUUAGAUUUGUGUGCAUGAAAUUUGGAGACAGGGUAUUCUACCCCUCUGGCAUCAUGGGGAAGAAGGUCCAAUGGAAACGGAAUGCUCAGCUCUUUGAGAUGUGGAAAAAUGGAAGAACUGGAGUUCCCUUUGUCGACGCAAACAUGAGAGAGCUGAAGGAAACCGGUUGGAUGAGUAACCGUGGACGCCAGAAUGUCGCCUCCUUCCUCCUCAAAGACAUGGGUCUUGACUGGAGACUUGGAGCCGAGUGGUUUGAAUCUCAAUUGCUUGACCAUGACGUGUGCAGUAACUAUGGCAACUGGAACUAUGCAGCAGGUAUUGGAAAUGACCCAAGGGAAAACAGGAAGUUCAACAUGGUCAAGCAAGGAUUGGAUUAUGAUCCUGAGGGUAACUUUAUACGUGUGUGGGUCCCAGAACUCAAGAACAUUAAGAAUGGAAGAAUCCACACCCCAUGGAAGAUGAACAUUGCAGAAUUAACAAAUGCCGGAGUUUCCUUAGGCGAAGACUACCCCAAACCUGUUGUCAUUGCGCCAGAAUGGGGACGCCAUGAUCACAAAAUGAACAACAGCAACAAGAAACAAAAAGGUGGAUGGGUGCCACCAGGCCAGAAGCGUGGUAUAGAUUUCUAUUUCAGUGGAGAUAGAAAGUAACUCUUAUAUUUUGAUGUAUUGUUUUAUUUAUAUUUUUUAUUUAUUGUCUUCAUAUAUUUGAUGUACCUUACUUUUUAUUGCUUUUUGAACAAUAAAACCCCUUUUUAUC